AUGUUCAGCGGUUAUCGUCUCGUCGUCACUACCGAAAAAAUGUCUGAUUUAAAAUACACUGGAAUUAAGGCAGAUCGCCAAGCGUUGCUCCUACAACGAUACCACCAGUUUAUUAAUGGGCUGUCUGACGUGACCAAGGAGCCUGUAAAAGUUUUCGAUCCUCUGCCUCAGAGGGCGUUGGACGAACUAGACCUCAUCAGGAAGGUCAGUGCGACGUUGCAGGAUAAGAAGAACGAGGAGAUGCAGAGAAUUGCGCAAGCUGGUAAAGAAGCGGCGGAGAGUGCCAAACAGGCUGCAGCGGAAAAGGAGGCUGCAGAAAAAGCGGCAACUGAUGAAGCUGUAAAAGAAUAUUAA